AUGGCUCCAACACCUGCUGAUCAACAAUUCAACACUGAUUCCUCAGCUCUAACUGAUUUUGUCAUAAAUCAAGGAAAUGGAGUGAAGGGUUUGUCAGAAACAGGUCUCAAAGCCCUCCCCAAGGCUUACAUCCAACCUUUGGAGGAAAGGAUGUGUGCCAGUGCCACCCAAGUCAGUCCCCAGGAAUCCAUUCCCAUCAUCGAUAUGUCAAACUGGGAAGAACCCAAAGUGGCAAAAGCUGUUUGUGACGCAGCAGAGAAGUGGGGGUUCUUCCAGGUUGUGAACCAUGCUGUGCCCAUUCAGGUGCUGGAGAAUUCCAAGAUGCAACUCAUCGCUUCUUUGGGCUGCCAGCCGAGGAAAAGAAAAAGUAUUCCAAGGAAGCACUCGGCUUCCAGCAACGUGCGGUGCACGCUCUUCCUCAGUCUUUCACGCCCCCAAGCACCCACUGCUCUUCCUCGAUCUUCCAUGCCCCGCGUCACGCCCCAAAGCACCCAAUUCUCUUCCUCAGUUGAUCUCCCACCCCCACCUUCACGCCCCAAAGCACCCGACCCUCUUCCUCAGUCUCCCACGCCAACCUUCGUGAUUAUUCUUUAA